GCUUCAGCUUCUGCCACUCAACCCAAAUGCUUUCCCUCUGCCUGCUAGUCUCUCUCCACCGAGUAAACUGAAAACCUCGUCGUAGCUAUUUAUUAGGUAAUCUUUAUUACUCAUCAUCAAGGUCAUUGAGUCCAUAUACAUUUAAGUUAUUAUGGAUCCAGAUAUGGAGAACCAGGCAGUAACAGACAGGUAUAGCAGUGCACCAUGGCGCAGCAAUGGGAAUGAUAAAGCGUUGGAAAUCCACGGAGAGUCACAAAAUGUGAUAACAAAAAUAAAGAAGAUUUUUGAUGUGCGUCAGGAUCAGGGGACUUACCUUAGAAUGUGGAACGCUUUAUUUAUGCUCUCCUGUGUAUUAGUCUCUCCGGAUCCUUUGUUCUGUUAUGUUGUGAAUUUCAAAGACGAUAAAAAGUGCCUUCAAAUGGACGAAAGGUUGAAAAUUGUUGCUCUUGUUUUGCGAUCACUCACGGAUGUCAUUUUCUUCGUGCAUUUGAUAUGUGAAAUUUUAGCCCUCAAAAUGAGUACCUCGAAAAAUGAACAGUCCGAGGCAGUGAAACAAAGGCUCCAGAGUAUGUUAUCCAUCAUAACUGACGUUUUAGCUCUUAUUCCCUUCCCACAACUGGCAGUGCUAAUGUUUUAUGGCUCAGAAUUUGUGGAAAACAAAACGCUUGUGAAUGUGUUUCUUCUCGGUCAAUAUGUUCCGAGGGUUAUUCGAAUUCACCUGUCGGGCAAGGUAUUCAAAAGGAUGAAUGGGAGAUGGGCUAAUUGUGUUUUCAACUUGUCUCUCUACAUUUUUGCCGGUCACGUACUCGGAGCUGUUUGGUACCUUUUUUCUAUUCAACGAGCGGUAUCAUGUUGGUAUAAGGCUUGUGUAAAAUGUAUUGGUAACUGCGAGGGGAUUUUGUACUGCAAUAAUGUGAAUACUGCCAGACCUCUAAACCAGAUUUGCUCGGCUAUUGAGAAUUCUACUGCAAAUGUGGCCGAAUAUCUAAAGGAUAGUUGCCCGUUGGAUACUCCAGAUGGUGCUUCACCUCCAUUUAACUUUGGAAUAUUUCUCGAUUCCCUUAAAAAUGAAAACCCAGAUCAAGAGUUCGGACAGAAGUUUGUAUACUCUUUCUGGUGGGGCUUGCGAAAUCUAAGUAAUUUUGGGACAAAUCUGGUCACAAGUACGUAUGUGUUGGAAAACUUGUUUGCGAUUCUCAUUUCAGUCAUUGGCUUGCUACUGUUUAUAUAUCUCAUUGGAAACGUGGAGGUUUUUAUGCAGACGGGAGCUACACAAACAUUGUACAUGGGACAACAACGUAAAAAAAAAAAGGAAGCUAUAAAAACACUAAAGGAAGUUAUAAAAACACUUAAGAAAAUACCAAUGGUUAAAGACAUGGAUGAAGAAGUGUUGAAGAUGAUGUGCGACUAUCUAAAGCCAGCAACGUACGUUAAGAACAGCUUCGUUUUUCGAACGGGAGAUCCACUCGAUUGCAUGCUGUUGAUUAUCGAAGGGACAAUGUGGACCUACACGUCGAGUGAUAGUCAUGAUGGGCAAGUAAUCUCAUCAAUGGCCAUCAAGCCCCUCAGGAAAGGUGACUUUUACGGGGAAGAGCUUCUCAAUUGCGCAUCAGACUUCACCCAAGUUCCAGUCUCCAGAAAACAUGUCAAAAGUCAUACAAAAGUAGAAGCAUUUGUGCUCAUGGCCGAGGACUUAGUCUCCAUACUCAGACAACAUGGGGACUUGCUUAAUCGUAACAAUCCUGAAAAGGCGCAGCGACGUCCGCCUCCGUCCCCAGCUGAAAUAGGGGAUGACAAUAGUGAGACCCUGCCAUCUGCAACAAGUAAUUAGUAUAUUCAGAAACGUCAAAGUAGAGACGCUUUAUGGCCAAGAGCUCCAUACACAACCUGGCUGAGUAGAUCUUGUAUAAGCUCUGGCCUCAAAAUAAUAUUAUUACUGGUUGAUAAUUAGCCGGACGUUUCAAUAAUUAAGUAGUGGUAGCCACAAUACCACCUCUCUCAGGGAUAUGUUUAUGUUGGUCAUGUUCUGAAACAUUUGCUGUUAUUAGGUUUAAGUUAUUAGGCAUAGAAAGGUCUAAACCUUAUGUAUCAUGCUUGAUGUUAUAUAUGGUUAGUCGCUA